UACAGCAGAGGAAGAACAGGAAAAAAAAGAAGUGGAGUUAGGGAGCUAGUUUCUUGGUGAAACUGAUACAUCCCUGAUCUCAGUGAAUUACAGCAUAGCUAUUAGACAGAAGUGACAAAGAAAAAAAUAUUCCAAUAUAAACUGGUCCAACGGAGGGGGAAAUAAUCUUCUCUCACUGAGCUCAGAUCCAUUUAAAAAACAAACUAUUAAUCAAUAAAGAAUUAGACAGAGCUCUAUGUCAAGAACUAUGGAAAACAUUAAGGUUCUUUUCCUACUGAUUUUUCUGUGUUCACAGAUUUUCUGUUUUAAAGAAACAGUGCGCAGUUUGGAGGAAGAGCCUUGGACAGCCACAUCCAUGAAGGGUGAGGACUUGCAAAGCAGCCCACUCCAGCGCUUUGCAAAGCUGCUGAAAAGGGGAAAAUUUCAGCACUUCUAUGGCCUGAUGGGAAAACGGGCUAGUGGGGAUCAAGGAGAGAUGUUCAUAGGACUUAUGGGCCGAAGAUCCUCCAGCAGAGAGACGACGCAAGACUGGGACAGCAGCCAGCCACGUCCUAUGUGGGAGCCAUAGCAUGACACUUACUGAGACCAACACCUGCUCCAUUCCUUCACAAGCUCUAGCUUACAGUAAUUAUGCCUGCUCAUUUCUACACACACCCUGAACAUGCAACAUCAGAUGCAUUAUUAUUAGCAGAGAAACACAUUCACGCCACCCGCUCCCCUUCUCUUUGCUGCCAUCUCCUUUUCUCGAACUGCUGCCAUGUAUAAAUGUAUUGUUGUUGCUGUGGAGUCAGUGCUUUCAUUUUUUGGGGGGGGGCACGACAAUCAAUCAGAUGAGCAGGCAAAGUUAGCAUCUUUCUUCCCCUGCCACCAUAGGCAACACAAGCUACCACACCCCUGUGUACUCCUAGGGGCUGUUAACCUGAUAUCUUUCUUUAUUUCCUCACCAAAUCAUUUUUCAGGAUUUCUAGAACUUCUUCAUGUAAAUCUGAGGCUUUAUCAUUUAUUAAAAUUGGAACACAGGAAGGAAAAGCUCACUUUGCAGGCUUUUAAAAUAAUUCUGGUAAUAACCUGAUGUAGGAAGCCAGUUGUUACACAACUGCACCAUUAUUUUAACUCUUUGUAGCUCUUCACCUCCAUUUAGAUGCAUUAUUUGAAGUGUCUACUGUGCGACUAGCACUAUGCAGGCCACACAGGCAGCAUCCUUACAGCUGUCUAUCUACAAAAUUCAGUUAGCCCUUUGGAUCAGACAAGAGACUGAUCUUGUUCUGUGAUGCUUGUUUUCUAUGGCAGCAGCAUUACACGUCACUGGUACAGGAUGUUUUGUUACUCUUUAAGGCCGGAGAAAGCAAUGACAGCACAACUAUUCGGCAGUGCACUAAUCAUCAAGGUCUCAUAUAUUCUCCUUGCUGAUCAAAGCUUUCCUCCUCAAACUGUUGCUUUCCUCUCCAUGGAUUAGCAGAUGAAAAGCUACUGGAUCCCAAUGGCAAUACAGACUAAGUGCAGAGAUGUUCAUCCCAAGCUGAGCUGAAGGAACUCAACUCUACUCGCUCCCUACUGGGAGCGUCUAUGGAGAUGCAGCCAGCACACUUUGAUUAGGUUCUAAUUUGAGUCAGAAAUUGUAGCAAAGGCUCAAAAUCUUUGAGGUCUGUAUUGAACUCCCCACACUUUUGAUCUUCAAAAGACAAAGACUUCACUACCCCAAAUUCUCACAUAGUGCGGAAAGAAGCAGGCCUGGUCAC